AAAAACCUUUUUCUUUUUUUAAGUUUGCGUGUAUAUAUCGCAACAACACUUUAUAAGAUCUUGUAAUUUUAAAUAAUGUUGUUGACAAACGAUUACUCUUGAAUGAAUUUAAUUUUAUUAAGUACACUGCACCAAUAUUUAACUGAAAUUCAUAUGAUUUUAAUAGAUUUGGAAAUUCUAUUGAUAAUUCAAAAGUAUUGCAUAUGCAAUACAGGCAGUUUUACAAAAUGUCCAAGCCCGGAGUGCGCAUCCGCGCAGUGACUGUAAACAAACGCAACAAACACGUGCGUAAAGUGCCGUAAACUCUGUAUAGUUUUGAGGUUAACACAGUGAUUAGCAGUGUUUGUUGGUCAUCAAACACUUGCGCGCAAAUCAAAUUUAAGAUACUGAGUAUAGCGACAAACAGAAUGUCAUCAAAAGCAAGAAAAAGCUUAUGUCCGUGGGUGACAUGCGACAAAUGUCAGGCUACUCUGGCACAGAAGGAUACAACUGUACACGAGCAAAAUUGUCCACCAAAAGAACCCUGGAAUCAUGGAUUCAUUCAAAAUAAGACUCUACACAGCACGAUAGACGUUUAUAAAUCAGCUGUUUAUAAACCAAAUAUUUCAGAACUUCCAGAACGUUUGAGUGUACAGGAGGCAAACAACAUGGUUUUCAUGUCUGAAUCAGCUUUACAAUUAUGUGAAAUUGCAAUAAGAGAUCCAGUGCUUAUCAAAAGCAAAGAUAACUUGGUGGUGAAAUCUGCUUGGCCCACGAAUGAUAAAAGUUUAACAACUGUAUUGUUAACAAAAUCAGCUAUUGAAUUGGAUAAGCUGGAAGGAUUGGUGAGAAUUGAGAAAUUUCAAUCUUCUCCAUGUAUGGCCCAUGAAAUCAUAAUAGAACCUGUUGGUAAAAACCGCAUAGAAACAUUGACAACAGAUUUAAGUGUUCUGAUAAAAAAUUACAAUCAUGAAAGAAUAUUUAGUAUUGGCAAUAGAAUAAGUAUUCCAUACUAUGGAAAAAAACUCAUUUAUAAAAUCACGGAUGCAAAGACUAAUGAAAAUUUAGUAGAUAAGUUCUCAAAGAUAAGUAUAUCGGAUGGCACAGCUCCUACCUCUUCUCUAUUUGUAGCACUUUAUUCAACAAAGUGGACAGUAGCAGAACAUUCUCAAGACAGGGGUGAAUCAAAGAAACAAAGAAAACACAGAUUAGAGUGUGUUGGUGGUUACACGAACUUGAUCGAGGACUUGAAAGAUGCCUUGAAUAGUGGACUUGGAAAAUAUGAUAAUGUGGAAGAGUUUGAUAUGAGUAAAGGUAUACUAUUGUAUGGACAUUCUGGAGUUGGAAAAACUAUGAUUUCUGAAGCUCUAUUGUCAGAAAUUGAAGCACAUGUAGUUAACAUAAAUGCAUUGGUUGGAUGCAACAAAAAUCUCAAAGAAACGGAAUUGCUUUUGAAAAACUUGUUUAAUGAAGCUUUGGAAAACGCUCCUUCAGUUAUAUUUAUUGAUAAUAUUGAUUAUUUAUGUCCUAAGAAAACUAGCUCUAUGACAGAAAAACAAGUUCUGACAACUUUAGUAACACUCAUUGAUAGUUUGCAAGAUAGUAACAAAAAUGUCAUGGUUUUGGCCUUGACUGCAAAACCAGAUGCUGUUGACUCUUCUCUGAGGCGACCAGGAAGAAUUGAUCAAGAGUUUGAAAUACCUGUACCCACAAGACAAACACGAAAAGAUAUUUUGCUGAAAGUAAUUGAAAAAAUGCCACAUUCUCUUAGUGACGAAGAUAUUGAGCAAAUUGCUUACGAAACACAUGGUUUUGUGGCAGCAGAUAUUCGUGGUCUAUGUUCACAAGCUUCAAGAAAUGCUAAAAGGAAAUCGCGUGCCAGUUCCAUAUGUGAUUCUAAUGAAGUUUUGGUAACCAGGAAAGAUUUUAAUCAUGCCUUAGCUGUAGUAAAUCCAUCAGCAAUGAAAGAACUUUUAGUAGAUGUUCCUAAUGUAAAGUGGUCUGAUAUUGGUGGCCAAAAAGAUUUGAAACUAAAACUUACUCAAUCAUUUGAAUGGCCUUUAAAGCAUCCCGAAAUCUUCCCCAAAUUAGGGAUAACACCUCCAAAAGGAGUUUUGAUGUUUGGUCCACCUGGUUGUUCUAAAACUAUGAUAGCUAAAGCAUUAGCUACAGAAAGCAAACUGAACUUCCUCAAUAUAAAGGGUCCUGAAUUAUUUUCUAAAUGGGUUGGAGAAUCAGAGAAAGCUGUCAGAGAAUUAUUUAGAAAAGCAAAACAAGUAGCACCCUCUAUUAUCUUUAUUGAUGAAAUUGAUGCAUUAGGCGUAGAAAGAAGCAAUUCUAGUAAUAGUGGAGGAAACAGUGUACAAGACAGAGUUCUAACUCAACUGUUGACUGAACUUGAUGGAGUAACAUCUUUGGGUGAUGUCACAUUGGUUGCAGCCACAAACAGACCUGACAGGAUUGAUAGAGCACUACUCAGACCUGGUCGGUUUGAUAGGUUGAUAUAUGUUCCACUACCAGAUGAUGACACUAGAAUGGAAAUUUUCAAUAUUAAAACGCGUAAAAUGCCUCUUUCCAAAGAUGUUAAUUUAAACGAUUUAGUGGAAUUGACUGAAGGAUAUUCUGGUGCUGAAAUCCAGGCAGUUUGCAAUGAAGCGGGUAUGAGAGCUCUGGAGGAAGAUUUCAAUGCUACACAAAUCACGACAGAACAUUUUAGGAUAGCUCUAUCAAUUGUGAGACCAAGAGAUCAUUCUGAUUUAAUAAAAAUUUACAAUAAUUUUUUGGCCAAGAAUAGUAGAGAAUGAAAAAUGUAAAUUUUUGAAUGCACACAUGUUGUACAUACAUCUCUUUAUUAAACAAAACUUUUUUAUAUACAUAUAUUUUUCAGGCUAUCGUGCCUUGUAUUGUACAUAAAUUUCUGUAUAAAAAUGCAGCAAGUUAGUUAUAAUUUCAGUCUUUCGAAAUAAAAUAAAUCAAAUCAAUUUAUCAAAAAA